AUGGUGUUCUUGCGAAAAUUCGCGGAUAAGAAGACGAGUAAUUUGCGACUGUUGGCUCUUCAUGCCUUUCCUUUUUCCCGUCCAACAGACGUGAGGAUUCUGGAGGGAUGCUGGGAUGUGAGCUUCCCCCACCUCUUCCGUCAUGUCCUCUCCCAUGAAUUCCCCAGUCGCCUGAGGGUGAAGCCGGGAACCCUGAACACUCGGCCGCAGCCUUCUUCCCUCGUUUUCGGUGUUCCACCCACCCUUCUCACCCCUCCUCUUGGAUUGCACUAUCAUGGGGGAUUCAAAUGCAUCGGUGGUCGAGGGAGAGGAUGCAUCGCCAUCACCGCCGCUGCCGCAUUUCACUCCCGAUCUCACGGAAAUUUUGUGGUGCUCGUCUCGGACGAAGAGAUUCGGGGAAUCUUCACGGAUGCUUUCGGAAUGAUUGGUUCGAAAGAUGGGUCGACGACGAGGGAAGCACCACAGAUCUAUCGAGUGGAGGAUUACCGAGGAUGCGAGAACUCCGGCGUGAUGUGCGUGGGGGUCGAGGACGCAUGGAUGGUGGAGGGGAUCUCCCGAGCCAUCCAGACCCUCUAUAUUGUCGACGGGGGAACUUCUGCUGCAGCACGGAGUCGAAUGGGCCUCUGGAUGGAGAUGGAAAGAAGAGGCCUUCUUCUUCAUCGCCCAUUAACAUCUUCCAAUGCCCUUGACUCCCUCUCUGGUGCAACAAAGAUUUUUGCUUUGGGGAAAGACAAGAAGGCGCAAGUGGGGAUGUGGGAACUCCCCAAGAACACUCUCUGGGUCCAGGAAGAACAUUCCUUAUCAGACGUAUUCCUUGCCCAAUCCUCCAUGCUGAUCCACGGGACAGGAGGGGAAGUCCGGAUUCUUUAUCUAGAGGGGAAGGAUCCCCAUGAGACACCUUAUGGAUGGAACCACAAACUCCAGAACCCCCCCGAAUUUAUCGUGGAAGGUACUACAGGGGUGGGGAUCCGGGACUCCCUUUUUCUCUUGGGAGGGAAGAGAAACCCCCGUUCAGGACACCAACUGGAUCUCCACAGCGAUACCUGGAUGGAACUCCCUCUGAUGACUCAGGGGAGAGAGGACGCAGCUUCAGUGAUGUUGGACGCCCAUACCAUCCUCGUCUUGGGGGGUGUGGACCCUGAAAAAGUAAAAACCCUCUCCAGCUGUGUGUGUUUGGACGUGAGAACAAAGCUGUGGAUCCCCUUUCCGUCAGAAAUCCCCCUUCCUAUCAGCAGCCACGCAGUGACUCUUUACGAUGAUCAUGUAUACAUCUCGGGCGGAUUCAGAGAUGAUGCAUCUUGUCGGGAGGUGUGGAAGUGUGGGGUGAAGGGGGGAGGGCCAUGGGAAACUCUUCCCUCUUUACAAUUGGACAGACAUGAUCAUGGGAUGAUGGGAGACGGCGCAGGGAGAUUUCAAGUCAUCGGGGGGAAACAUCAAAAUGGAUCAAAGUAUAUGGAUGUCCUUUCGACGGAGACUCUGACCUUGGACGGAGGAAGAGGAUGGGAGACCAAACACGAACUUCCCUUCAUGAAUGUUUGGAAGGCUUGUGCGAUGAAUUGAGUGGGACCCCCUUUCCCCUCAUUCCGGGUUCAUUUAAACUCACAUGGAGGAAUCUCGGGCAAGGAGGAGGGAAAGACGGAGUUCUGUUUACGAGAUACCUUUUCCAUCUAAGUCUUCUUUCCAGUCCUGUUCUUUUCCUCCCAAAUCCAGAUUGAGGGUGAGGUACGAUGAGAGGUCGCCCAUAUAAGCGCUCCGAACAACGGAUUCGGUUGAAAACCAACAUGUGGAACUGAUUUGUGCAUUGGAGGAGUCCAAUCCGCAAUGCAAUUGUGGUUACUGAUUGACCAUUAUCUUGGGAGAAACGGACACAAGUAUACAUGCCCGAAAAUAGCAUCAGAUCAGCACGGGAAACAUGGCGGAAAAAAAAACUUUCAGCACACCCUGGAACGUUUUUCUACCCCCACGACUUUUAGGAUGGAG